ACAGCUCCCGGCAUGCCGCGGGGCGACGCGCGCCCUUCCCGGCCUGGCGGCCUCGAUGGCGGCGGCGCCGCCGGUGUAUGUGUACAGCCCGGAGUACCUGGCGCUCUGCGACUCCCUCUGCAAAGUGCCCAAGCGGGCCAGUAUGGUACAUUCGUUGAUUGAAGCGUAUUCCUUACUUGACCAGAUGAAGAUAGUCAAGCCAAAAGUGGCCUCCAUGGAGGAGAUGGCAAGCUUCCACACGGAUGCCUACCUGCAGCACCUGCAGAAAGUCAGUGAGGAGGGGGAUGAUGACCAUCCAGAGUCUGUGGAGUAUGGACUGGGCUACGACUGUCCAGCUACAGAAGGAAUCUUUGAGUAUGCGGCAGCCGUGGGAGGAGCCACAAUCACUGCAGCCCAGUGCCUGCUGGAUGGCGAGUGUAAGGUAGCAAUUAACUGGCCUGGAGGGUGGCAUCAUGCAAAGAAAGAUGAAGCUUCUGGUUUCUGUUACCUGAAUGAUGCUGUCUUGGGGAUCCUGCAGCUGCGCCAGAAGUUUGACCGUGUUCUUUAUAUCGAUUUGGAUUUGCAUCAUGGGGAUGGAGUUGAAGAUGCCUUUAGUUUUACCUCGAAAGUCAUGACAGUUUCUCUGCACAAGUUUUCACCAGGAUUUUUCCCAGGCACUGGUGAUGUGACAGAUGUUGGCCUGGGGAAAGGUCGCUAUUACAGUGUCAAUGUACCUAUCCAAGAUGGCAUUCAGGAUGAGAAAUAUUACCAGAUCUGUGAAACUGUGCUGAGGGAGGUGUACGCUGCCUUCAACCCAGAGGCAGUUGUGCUGCAGCUGGGGGCAGACACCAUUGCUGGAGAUCCCAUGUGCUCCUUCAACAUGACACCCAAGGGAGUUGGCAAGUGCCUGAAGUAUGUGCUGCAGUGGCAGCUGGCAACGCUCAUCCUGGGAGGAGGAGGCUACAACCUUGCCAACACAGCCCGCUGCUGGACAUACUUGACUGGGGUUAUCCUUGGGAGAACGCUGUCCUCCGAGAUCCCUGACCAUGAGUUCUUCACAGAGUAUGGACCUGAUUAUGUGCUGGAGAUCACACCAAGCUGCAGACCGGACCGCAAUGAGCCACAGAGAAUUCAAGAAAUCCUUAACUCUAUCAAAGGAAAUCUGAAGCAUGUUGUUUAGCGGAGUAGGAAGGCUCAGAUUUCCACAGGAGCAUUUUCCAUGGGGAAGACAGCGUGAUUGUAUGAGCAGCUGGGAAAAUUUCUGGCUGUGGGGGAAACUGGGAAGAAAUUAUUCUUGGUUGAUUUUUGGUUCUCUUUGAAGAAGACCUGCCAAACACCAUGCACCCUGUGGUUCUCCCCAGAGAGUAGUGUGAGCUCUCCAGCCACAGCCUUCCAGUGCUGGCAGAGCCUCCUUUGCUCCUUUCUCUUUCCUAACACCACAGAGUUUAUUCUCACACCUGGUUUUAAAUGUUUUUAAGAGAGGGGAUGCUCAGAGCUACGAACCCUCCCCAGCUGGCGCCCAGUGCCACAUUUCCUUCCUGGCAGGAGCAUGGCCUCUGAGCUUCCCACCCUGAGGGACUGCUGGGGGCUGGGCUGUGCCUCUUACUGACACAAAGGCACAGCCCUUGUGUUUUUAACUGGGAACUUUUUUAAAAUAAAGUAUUUGAAAUACUCUCCCAGCUGUUUCCCUUCUUCCUGCACUCACACUGCCAUGCUCCUUUCCAUGGCACUCCAUGCUUUCAGACAGUGCUGGAAAAGCAAAGAAAGACCUGCUGUUGCAUUUUUUUAUUGUCACUUAAGGCAGCACAGGCACCAUGCCCAGGGCAAUGGCUGGGCUCCUGAAAACCUGUGCAAAGGGGCCAGACCCCAGGGAUGCUCUGGAGUGUGGCAAGGGAGAUGCAGGGACAGAGUGGCAGCUCCUGGCCCAGGAGAUCUUAGAUGAACCUGCUGAUGCCCCAGUGCCCCAUGAGAGCUGUGGCUCAGCAUGGGAACAGGUACACAGAUUUUUGUGGGGAAGAGCUCCCCUGCUGCCCCUGUCCCUUCCUUCACUUGCCCCACAGAGCUGUUACUUGUGUGGUGUCUUUCUGAAGAUCUCCAGUCACUGGGCAAGUGUAUUUCCCAUUACUUAA